AUGCAAGCGGCGCCGGCGCGCUACGUGUCGUCGAGCGAGCUGUACUCGGCCGACGAAGUGGAGCUGCUGCUGGAGGAGAUCCGCGAGCUGGAGCCGACGAGCUGCCGCGGCGAGGAGGUGCAGGACUUCGAGAUCGCGGGCAGCGGGUGCGCGGGCGCGGGCGCCGGCGGGCGCUCGCCGGCCGGCACCGAGCUCACGGAGCGCUCGUGGGACUCGCACGCGCACUACUCGCGCCUGCCGCCGCCGCGCCCGCGCCCGCUCGCGCCCGUCUACUGCCGCCUGCGCCACCUGCGCUCGCCCGAGGGCGCCAUCACGCUGCUCGUUGUGCUGUGCAGCGCGGGCGCGUGCGGCUGCCUGUGGGCGGGCGUGGGGCUGCGCGCGGCGCUGCUGCCGCUGGCGGCGCGCGUGCGCCUGCUGCACCUGGCCGCGCUCACCUCGCUCAUGCUGCACGCGCUGCUGCUGGCCGUGCACGUCACCCGCCUCGCCGACCUGCUGCCCGUCGACUGGAACAAGAUGGGUGGGUGUGCUGGGGCUUGGAGUGCGCUGACGCUGGCGAGCGGCGGGCUGCUCACGCUGCACGCCGUGCUGUUCACGCCCGGUUACAGGCUAGCUCCGCACCAGCUCACGCAGCUUUUACUCGCUGCUGCGGGCGUGGGCGUGGGCGGCGCGUGCGCGGGCGCGUGGCUGGCGGUGCGCGCGGUGCGGGCGGCGCGCGCGCUCUGCACGGCGGCGGGGGCGGGGAGCGCGGGGGGCGCCGGCUCCGCGCGCUCGUCGCGCCGCUCCAGCGCCGCCUACCGCGCUGUGCCGCAGCCGCCCGCCGAGCACGACCAUCCCUUAUAG